CAUGUGCAGCCCAAAGCGGAAUGACAUCAUGCCGAGGAGACGCUGUGGCUGGAAUACCCAGAAGGCCCUGCAGGAGAACCGGGGACUGGAGGCAGCAGGCGGACGCUAGCAGUAUCAUUCUCUGUCCUGUCUAGCGGAGGACUGGUCUGUCUGCCUCUGGACUUCCCACGCUGUCAUCCGUCUGCCGUUUGAAAAGUCCCGACUCCAAACGUGUCACUCAACCGACACUUCAUCAGUGGCGGUCCAACCAGAGACGUGGCCAGGCGUCCUCCUUUAUCACGGAGACAGACCCACGGCUUAUACCGGGCAGGCGCUAGGACCCUGCGGACACCGGGGCCCUGUGACUGGGACAGGUCUCUCCCAGAUAGACGCUCAUUGACCAGAGGAGACUUCAUGUUGCGGAGGGAGCGUCUUUUUUUCCGCACACGCUGCGUGACAGUGCCCUGCCUCUGUGGCGCAGUCCACUCGACUCUACUCUACUUUACUCUACUUUACUCCACUUUACUCCACUCCGAGAGAGCUUCAACACCUUCCGAGCCGCCAUUUUUCCAUGCGGGGAUGGGAGAGCAACACCUGGGAAUUUGCUGCUGGUGCGUGGAAUCAUGGAUCCCAUAAACACGGACGGCACUGCUUGGUGAACAAGGAGACAUCACAAUGAGCGCCCCCCUGACCCCCCUGCUCCUCCUGCCCCUCGUCCUCUCGUCCGCCCUGCAGCCUCCACGCCGCCCCGCCGCCACCGCCCCCCUCCACCACGUCCCCACGCUGGUCCCCCACAGCCCGACCCCGCUGGGGCGCUCCCGCUUCAGCGCCCACACUCGUCUGGACUUCAGCACUCACUGCAACUCCAGCUGCUUCCACCAGGGACACGAGGCGGCGGACAAGCUGGCCUUCGAGACGCUCUACUGGGACGGCUCGCGUACGCUCACCAAUGUGGACGUCAGGGACGAGGAUGACGAUGAUGAUGAUGACGAUGAGGGCGGGGUGAGGCCCACACGCAAGCGCGUGAGGCGUCAGAUUUACGGCGCGGACGGGCGCUUCAACAUCCAAGGAGACCACUUCCUCCUGGACUACCCUUUCUCCACCGCCGUUCGGAUCUCCACGGGGUGCACCGGGGUCCUGGUGUCACGGUGGCACGUCCUGACCGCCGCCCACUGCGUCCACGACGGCAAGGAUUACGUCAAGGGGGCGCGCAAGCUCAGAGUGGGCUUCCUCAUCCCGCCGUCCGUCAACGGUACCCGAAGCGACCCGUCGUCCGCAAAGAAGCCUCUUGUGCGUUGGGUGCGGGUGCGCCGCACACGGGUGCCCAAAGGCUGGAUCCAGGGCCCGCAGGAGAUCAGCAUGGACUUUGACUACGCCCUGCUGGAACUGCGCUCGCCUCACCGCCGACCCUUCAUGCGUUUGGCGGUGGCGCCCGACUUGGACGACCUCCCGGGCCGACGCAUCCACUUCUCGGGGUUCGACAGCGACAGACCCGGGGAGCUGGUCUACAGAUUUUGCCCCGUGGAGCAGGAGUCCAGUGACUUGAUCUACCAGCACUGCGACGCCAGGCCCGGCGCCAGCGGGUCGGGGGUGUACGGGCGGGUUUGGGACAACUACUUGGAACGCUGGGAGAGGAAGGUCAUCGGGAUCUUCUCGGGUCAUCAGUGGCUGGAGAUCGACGGGGAGAACAAGGACUACAACGUGGCCGUGCGAAUCACUCCUCUCAAGUUUGCUCAGAUCUGCUACUGGGUGCACGGAAACCGUUUGGAUUGUUCCCAAGACUGAAAUUCCGACAUCCAUCACCUUUUUUUAUUGCGACUGCAGCCGUAAACAAACCCGCCCGUGAUUCCGCUUAUUUACAUUACACAGAAUGUUUUACUAAUAUAUCUUUAUGGGUCUACUUUUUAAAACUUAAGGGAUUAUGCUCAUGUCGGUGUAACAUCGAGAAACGAGAUUGUUAAUUUUAUUUUUGCAAAAAUGCUUUUAUAUAUUUUAAUAAAUAGAGCUC